AUGGAAUUAGUUCGUCGUAGUGUCAAUAGAUGGCUUUUGGGUGAAUGUGUCAAACACCAUAUGAAAAAUUGUUAGUCGUGUAAAUAAUAAAUAUCCAACGUAUUUUGUUGAUUUUCAUUCUUCACUGCAUUAAAUCGAUGGGAAAAUAAUGUUAAAAUAAUGGAGGGCAUUCUGUGGAAAUGGACAAACUACUGGAACGGCUGGCAGAUACGUUGGUUUGUGUUGGAAAACGGUGUUUUAACUUAUUACAAAUCCCAAGAGGAAGUGGAUCAGGGAUGUAAGGGAUCCCUCAAAGUCCAAGCAUGCGAAAUCAAUGUUAACGCGAUUGAUAGCACGCGUAUGGAUCUUGUAAUACCGAAUGAACAGCAUAUGUAUCUUAGGGCUGCCUCUUCACAAGAACGGCAGCAGUGGUUGGUAGCACUGGGCAGUGCCAAAGCCUGUGUUCAUCGAACCAAAAAGGAUUCCAGUAGUGAGUCUAAUGUUCAGAAUUCUGAUGGAAAUCCAGAUCAGCUUAAAACAAAAAAAUCCGAAUUAAGACUUUACUGUGACUUAUUAAUGCAGCAAGUGCAUGUUAUUAAAACUUCUGCACAAGAAUCUGAAGGGCCUAACAUAGAGAAAAUGGACGAAUCAACAAGACUUUUAGGGGCAACUUGUGAUACGUUUAUUAAAACCCUGGAAGAAUGCAUGAAGUUGACAAAUGCAAAUAUAAAAUACCAAAUUCCUCACAAUGGUGUAAUUUUGCCUCCAAAUACCGGAAAUCAAAAUGCAAAGAAAAAACUUAACAUAAGAACAAAUUCAUCAGACUCAAGUUAAAAAAUCUUGUUAAAACUUGUUUACGUAGGUGUAUGUUAUUACUAUAAUAUUAUUGUUAUUUAUGUAAGUUCCCUAAAAUUGUUUUAGAUCUCUUUAUUUUUUUGUGUAUUGUUUUUUUAUUUUUCUAAUAUUUUUUAUAGCAUGUUAAUUAGAAUUAAGAAUUCAUAUAGCCAAAGUAUUUAUCUACUUUUCCUACAAAUUAUAUAUAAAUAAAUGUGAUAUUUUAAUCUG